ACGAUCAGCCUCAGAUUUUGUCUUAUAAAUAUUUACUUCAAAAGUUUAAAUUUUGAAUUUAAGUCGCGCUAUGGUUUUUAUCCAUACUAGAAUGGAAAUAUGGCGUUACACAAUGUGCUAGCAUUUAGUUCGAUAAUCACACUAGGAGUAGCAAGCUUAGCGACUGUGUUACUGUUCCUGCAGCGUGAUGCGAAUUAUACCGAGUACGAGUAUUUACAACAUGAUUAUCCGGGGAGUUUCAAACCUAACUACAACCGGGUAGUUUGGGAAGGGCCAAUAGAAGAAGACAGAAAUUUUUGCGCCAUUUGCCGAGCAUGUAUAAAAUAUAAUAAAAGAAAAACUUUGGAAUGUCAACAUUGUUUUCACGAGAAAUGCAUCAAUCAAUGGCUGGUUCUGAAACAAACUUGUCCAAUAUGCCGAAUGUUAAAAGUGAACGUAAGUGCUUGUUCCGUCAGAACUCCGGAGCAUGUCGACGGUUCAUCAAGCUUGGGGUACAUGUUCCGGACAUCAGCACAGGUGGGUCUAAAAAAUGAGUGGCACUCCUGAGAAGGUAAAAAUAAGGAAAAAAGCUGUAUCACUUUCAUCAUAGAUUUCCAGAUGACCCCGAUUACUUACGUUCACGCACUGCUUACAACACAAUUAGGUACUCAUGGUUAAUAAAACCAGUCAGUUAAGUUAGUAAAAUUGUUGCACUAGGCCGUAAUUGUCCGUAAUAAAGGAGUGCAAUGCCUGAAAACGCGGUUUUAUCUACUGCUUUGCUUUGGCUAAUAAA